AUGACGGCGCAACCGCACUCGAUGGCUGGCUCUGGCAUGUACCCAGGUCAACCGCCACAAACCAUGCCCAGACGCCCUGAUGCAAUUGCUCCCAUAGCCCCGCCAUCCACGUCCUGGGUUCCUGAAAAGGAUGGACAUAGCUCUGCUCCUCCUCCAGCGUACUCGCAGGCAGUGGGAAAUUGGGAUGGGAGGAGCAGACCCGGACCUUCUCCCUUCAACAUCGCAGCUCGAGAAGGCGAUUUCAACGAGAUCAAGCGACUCAUUGCCAAUGGAGAGAACAUGUUCGCUACGGGUGAAAUUGGACAAACCCCUGCCUACUCUGCCGCCGUAACUGGGCAUACAGAGAUCCUCGAGUAUCUCAUACAGCAUGGAGCGGAUUACACAGCUGGCAAUGAAGAUGGUUUCACCCCACUCAACGCCGCCGCUACCAAGAACUUCCCGGAAGCGCUCCUUCUCUUACUACAUUACGGAGCCGACCCAAACGCUCCAACAGUCGACGGACAAACUCCCGUAUACUCCGCCGCUUUGGCGGGCAAUCUUCGUACAGUGCAGAUACUUGUCGAACAUGGCGCCAACUUCUCACAGUGUAGGAGCGAGCGGGGAUUCACGCCUAUUUGUGCGGCGGCCGGUGAGGGCCAUGCGCAUAUCGUUCAGUACCUGGCAAGCCAGGGUGCAGAUUUGACACUGGUUACUGAGCAUGGAGUGACACCCCUCAGAGCAGCAGCUGCCGAAGGUCACCCCGAGGUUGUUAGCAUCUUAUUGCAGCACGGCGCGUCGGUCUUUACUUCCUGCAACGAGGGAUAUACUCCCUUGAUUUGCGCGGCUGUCGAGGGCCACGUCGAAGUCAUGAAGAUUUUGUUGCAGAACGGCGCGCCAAUCGAUACGCCCUGCAAAGAUGGAAAUACCCCCCUGCUUUAUGGGGCUUCGAGAGGCCACACAGAGAUUGUUCGGCUCUUGAUACAAUAUGGAGCUGAUGUCCAUCACGGUGCGAACAACGAUACGAGUCCGGCCGCCACGGCAGCCUUUAGAGGCCACUUCCGAACAGCUGGGUUGCUUCUUAAACAGGGGUGCUGUCUCGGAUAG